AGGUCAAUCAUUAGUAGUGAGUGGUUGAGGUAAACAAUACACAGAUUUAGAAAACGAGGAUAAUUGUGACUUACAAAAAGCAGAGAGUGACAGAGAGAAACAAAAGCCACACAGUGCCAGUGGCAUGCAUAUCUCAAACCUGUUUCAUCAAAUAAAUCAUAAAUUGAGGUUUUAGCUUUUUUGUGCUAAAUUGGAGAAUGUCUCUGUUUGAUGCUUACUCCAUUUGUGAAGUUGGUAAAGAUGCAUCUGGAAUUGCUGGUAACAUCUUUGCUUUUGGGUUAUUUGUAUCCCCAAUACCCACAUUUAGGAGAAUUAUCAGAAAUGGGUCAACAGAAAUGUUCUCAGGAUUGCCAUAUAUUUAUUCUCUAUUGAACUGCUUGAUCUGCUUGUGGUAUGGAACUCCUCUUAUAUCACAUGAUAAUUUGUUGGUUACCACUGUUAAUUCAAUUGGAGCAGCUUUUCAGCUUGUGUACAUUCUCUUAUUCUUAAUCUAUGCUGAGAAACCAAAAAAGGUGAGAAUGUUUGGAUUAUUGCUGGCAGUUUUUGGCAUAUUUGUUAUCAUACUAUAUGGGAGUUUGAAAAUAACUGAUACUUCUAUGCGCCGAAUGAUUGUCGGACUCUUGAGUUGUGCUUCUCUCAUUUCUAUGUUUGCCUCUCCACUGUUUAUAAUUAAAUUGGUUAUUCGAACAAAGAGUGUCGAGUUUAUGCCAUUUUAUCUUUCACUUUCUACCUUCUUAAUGAGUGUCUCGUUCUUUCUUUAUGGAUUGCUCAGUGACGAUGUCUUCAUUUAUGUACCAAAUGGGAUAGGUACUGUUUUGGGAUUGAUACAAUUAGUAUUAUACUUUUACUACAAGAGUUCAUCUAGCGAUGACUCUAGAGAACCCUUGAUAGUGUCGUACGGAUAACGUGUUGCUCAAUGCUGACAAAGGCAAAGGUGAACACACAAUUUGUGACUAUGAUUUAUUGUUUUCCACAGUCAGUUCGAGGUGUUUUCCUGAUAUUUGUCACAUACAUUCAUUAUGUAUGAAAUAUUCUCCGAUAGGUAAAUGUUAGUAAGUUUGUGAUUAUGUUAGCUUUAGAGGUUUGAACUACAUACUUCUUUUUAAACCUCACUCGGUGUCCCUUUGAAUUUACCGUUUUAGAGUUGUUAUGUAAUUUGAAUGAUUGAAUAUACGAUGUUUAUUGAUUCAAUUUGUACGUAGGGAUACUUGAAUUUGAAAUUGCCCAUUUAUCAUAUUUAAGGCCA